GCGCUUCCCUCCAUCCGGGGCCGGGCCUGCCCCGCCGUCGCGGAGCCUCCGGUCCGGCCGCUGCCUGCGGGCCAGCACGUGCGCGGCUCCCGCGUCCCGCGCCCCGCGUCCCGCGUCCGUCCCCGCAGAGCGUAGCGCCCUCCCGGCGGCCGCGCGAUGCUGUGCUUCCUGAGGGGAAUGGCCUUCGUGCCCUUCCUCCUGGUGACCUGGUCGUCCGCCGCCUUCAUCAUCUCCUACGUGGUCGCGGUGCUCUCGGGGCACGUCAACCCCUUCCUCCCCUACAUCAGUGAUACAGGAACAACACCUCCAGAGAGUGGGAUUUUUGGAUUUAUGAUAAACUUCUCUGCAUUUCUUGGUGCAGCCACAAUGUACACAAGAUAUAAAAUAGUAGAGAAGCAAAAUCAGACCAACUAUUUCAGCACGCCUGUAUUUAACUUGGUGUCCCUAGUUCUUGGAUUGGUGGGAUGUAUCGGAAUGGGCAUUGUAGCCAAUUUCCAGGAGUUAGCUGUCCCCGUGGUCCACGAUGGCGGCGCCCUUUUGGCUUUUGUCUGCGGUGUGGUCUACACGCUCCUGCAGUCCAUCAUCUCUUACAAAUCAUGUCCCCAGUGGAACAGCCUGUCCACAUGCCACGUGCGGUUGGCCAUCUCUGCUGUUUCCUGUGCAGCCGUGGUCCCCAUGAUUGCCUGUGCUUCACUAAUUUCUAUAACCAAGCUGGAGUGGAAUCCCAAAGAAAAGGAUUAUAUAUAUCACGUAGUGAGUGCAAUCUGCGAAUGGACAGUGGCCUUUGGUUUCAUUUUCUACUUCCUAACAUUCAUCCACGAUUUCCAGAGUGUCACCCUAAGAAUAUCCACAGAAAUCAAUGAUGAUGUUUGAAGAAAGAAGAAUGGUAUCUCACUCAGUGAGAGUCGCAGACAAUUUCUGGAAGUGGUAGGGAGGCCAGACAGGGUUUCAGUGUUGCUCUGAGUGGAAUGUAU